AGCGCGCUGCGGUGGUUGAGUUCCAAUUCCGCGGGGAGGGACAAAGGCAUCUGCGAGCUGCAGGCAACGCCCGAUCGGACCUGGUGGUGCGCUCGCCACUGUCCUCCGUUCCCUGCCUUGCACCUAGGACUUACUCCUCUGUCAGGAGCGAGGAGGUGGCCACAGGACCCAGGCCUGGCAAGGCCUGAGGGCCCGAGGCUGUCUUCUGAAGGGAGUGGGGGAAGGGCGCGCCUGAGGUGAUUCGGGAGAGGGUGUGUCUUGUGAGGUGUUUCUGUGGGCCACUGUGAGUAAUUUCACUCACCACCUGUGGUGAUUGUGGCAUAAUAGCAAGCUGUGUUGGGACGGGCGUGGGAAAGGAAAUCGUCAGUCAGCACCAAGGACCUUUCAGUUGGGAAGCGGUGAAGCGGGAAAUAGCAUCCACUCCACCGCACUGUCCAGUAGAACACCUACCUGAGGAGCCUGGUGUCUUCGGUGGUCAUGAAGUCUCCCGUGGUAAUGACGUAGGUGAACCGUCAGCUUUAUGACAGAAGUAGGCCAAUUUCCUGAUUCUUUUCAGGAAACCUAGGAGAACAGAAAAGGACUCGAAGAACGUGAAGAUGAAGCUCCAAUAAACUGCCGACUUUGAAGACCGUACAGAACCAUUCACUUUUGACGCGUAGGAAUUGCAUGAAGGAAGCUUGACCUUCACAGCUCUUAAGGACUGUAGGUUUAGGAUGUAGUUCUUAACAAAAUAUUACACAUAGUCACUGAAAUACUUAAAUUACUUGCAAUUUCAAAUAUCUGACUAUAUUUUGGAUAGAUUAUUAGGGAAGUUUUGUUUUAUGUGUCACUAAGAAGCACAAAUUUACCCUUUACUGGACAGAACCCUGGGGAAAUCUAUUCUGAUAUAUGUACUUCCCUGUUAACGAUUAAAGACUGAAGACUCAUUGCAGUCAUGGCCUUCACCAAUUACAGCAGUCUCAACCGAGCUCAACUAACCUUUGAAUAUCUGCACACAAAUUCAACCACUCAUGAAUUCUUGUUUGGUGCUCUUGCUGAACUGGUUGAUAAUGCAAGAGAUGCUGAUGCCACCAGAAUAGACAUUUACGCUGAGAGAAGGGAAGACCUUCAAGGAGGAUUUAUGCUUUGCUUUUUGGAUGAUGGAGCAGGAAUGGAUCCGAGUGAUGCUGCCAGUGUGAUCCAGUUUGGGAAGUCAGCCAAACGAACCCCUGAGUCUACCCAAAUUGGGCAGUAUGGCAAUGGAUUAAAAUCGGGCUCAAUGCGCAUUGGGAAGGAUUUUAUCCUCUUCACUAAGAAAGAAGACACCAUGACCUGCCUCUUCCUUUCUCGUACCUUUCAUGAGGAAGAAGGCAUUGAUGAAGUGAUAGUUCCAUUGCCUACCUGGAAUGCUCGAACACGGGAACCUGUCACAGACAAUGUGGAGAAGUUUGCCAUUGAGACAGAGCUCGUCUACAAGUAUUCUCCCUUCCACACUGAGGAGCAAGUGAUGGCUCAGUUCAUGAAGAUUCCCGGGAAUAGUGGAACACUGGUGAUCAUCUUUAAUCUCAAGCUCAUGGACAAUGGAGAGCCGGAACUAGACAUAAUCUCAAACCCAAAAGAUAUCCAGAUGGCAGAGACCUCCCCAGAGGGCACGAAGCCAGAGCGACGCUCCUUCCGAGCCUAUGCUGCUGUGCUCUAUAUUGAUCCUCGGAUGAGGAUCUUUAUUCAUGGACACAAGGUGCAGACCAAGAGACUCUCCUGCUGCCUGUAUAAGCCCAGAAUGUACAAGUAUACAUCAAGCCGUUUCAAGACUCGAGCAGAACAGGAAGUGAAGAAAGCAGAGCAUGUAGCACGGAUUGCUGAAGAGAAGGCCCGGGAGGCAGAGAGCAAAGCUCGGACAUUAGAAGUACGCAUGGGUGGAGACCUGACACGGGACUCUAGGGUAAUGUUGCGGCAGGUCCAGAAUACAGCCAUCACCCUGCGUAGAGAAGCUGAUGUCAAGAAAAGGAUCAAAGAUGCCAAGCAGCGAGCACUCAAAGAACCCAAGGAACUGAAUUUUGUUUUUGGGGUCAAUAUUGAACAUCGGGACCUAGAUGGCAUGUUUAUCUACAAUUGUAGCCGUCUGAUCAAGAUGUAUGAGAAAGUGGGCCCACAGCUGGAAGGGGGCAUGGCAUGUGGUGGGGUUGUUGGGGUUGUUGAUGUGCCCUACUUGGUUCUGGAGCCUACACAUAACAAGCAGGACUUCGCUGAUGCUAAGGAGUACCGGCAUCUACUUCGAGCAAUGGGGGAACACUUGGCACAGUACUGGAAGGACAUCGCCAUUGCUCAGCGUGGAAUCAUUAAGUUUUGGGAUGAAUUUGGCUACCUUUCUGCCAACUGGAACCAACCCCCAUCCAGUGAGCUUCGUUUCAAACGUCGGAGGGCUAUGGAAAUACCAACCACUAUCCAGUGUGAUUUGUGUCUGAAAUGGAGGACCCUCCCCUUCCAGCUGAGUUCAGUAGAAAAAGAUUAUCCUGAUACUUGGGUUUGCUCUAUGAACCCCGAUCCUGAGCAGGACCGCUGUGAAGCUUCUGAACAGAAGCAGAAGGUUCCCUUGGGGACAUUAAAAAAGGACCUAAAGACACAGGAAGAAAAGCAGAAGCAGCUGACAGAGAAAAUUCGCCAGCAACAGGAAAAGCUAGAAGCUCUUCAG